CCUAGUAGGAGCGGAAAAAACAACAUUUCCUGCUCUUUCUAUCUCCAAAGUCUGGAAUUCUGAGAUCAUAAUGUACUCUCCCAUGUGGCACUACAUCUUGAUUGUCAUGACAACCAUGUCCUUUGAGCUGAUUGGUGGAAAUUGUCAACAGAACGACACAAGUGACUUCUUUCUCUCAGAUGACCCAAUGACCAUCCAGUCACCUCGUAAGAAAAGCCACAGCAAUCCCUCGGCCCAGACGUGGGAGCCUGAAGAGUCAACAGUGGAACCUCCGGGGUCUAAUCACGUACCCCUGCACUUGGUCUCUUCCCUCUCCUCUUCCUCUUCUGUGGCGUCUAGUAACAGCUCAGUGCACGUUCGUCCCGUGGCACCUCCCCGCUGUUUACGGAGCACGUCCAUAACGACACUGUUUAAGUAUGUUAACACGAUACUGUCGUGCGUGAUAUUUCUGGUUGGAGUGGUAGGCAAUGCCACGCUGCUCAGAAUCAUCUACCACAACAAGAGCAUGAGAAAUGGCCCUAACGCUCUCAUCGCCAGCCUCGCCCUAGGAGAUCUCAUCUAUAUUGCCAUAGACAUCCCCAUUAAUCUGUACAAGCUCCUGAUGAUGCGUUGGCCUUUUGAUGAUAGUGUGUUUGGACUCUUCUUGUGUAAGCUGGUGCCCUUCCUGCAGAAAGCCUCAGUGGGUAUCACAGUCUUAAACCUGUGUGCUCUCAGCAUUGACAGGUACCGUGCAGUAGCAUCAUGGAGUCGUGUACAGGGUGUGGGUAUUCCUGUCUUCACUGCGGUGGAGAUUGUGUGUAUCUGGGUGAUAUCAGUGGUCCUGGCUGUACCUGAGGCUGUGGGCUUCACUAUGGUCAACUUUGAAUACCACAACAUCUCUAUGCGAACCUGCAUGCUCAGCCCAAACACAACCUUCAUGACAUUUUACAGGGAUGCCAAGGACUGGUGGCUGUUUGGGUUUUAUUUCUGCAUGCCUCUGGCCUGCACAGCCUUCUUCUACACGCUAAUGGCGGUGGAGAUGCUAAAUCACAGGAAGGGAAGUCUGAGAAUUGCCCUGACUGAACAUCUCAAACAAAGACGUGAGGUGGCCAAGGCAGUGUUUUCUCUGGUCCUAAUUUUCACUCUGUGCUGGUUACCACUGCAUCUGAGCCGUAUCCUGAAGAAAAUGGUUUAUACUCAGCAUGAUGUUGGACGCUGUGACCUACUCAAUUUCCUUUUGGUGCUGGACUACUUAAGUAUAAACUUGGCCACCAUAAAUUCAUGUAUCAACCCCAUCAUCCUCUUCUUUGUCAGCAAAAAAUUCAAAAGCUGUUUCAAGUCUUGCCUGUGUUGUUGGUGUUAUUCAAACUCGUUGCUAAGCAGCAUGGUGCCUCUCAAUGGAACCAGCAUCCAGUACAAAACCCCUGACCUUAAUAAUCUGCAUGCAGACCGCAGCCUACGCAAAGACAGCUACAACUGA